GGCACCAAAAAUCUAUUCUUCCCCUUGAAUGCAGCGCAACCAAACUUGUGUAGCGCUCAUUUUAAAAUGAAAUCAACACUUUUCGCAAGUAUAAUCUAAAUUCCCGCCAAAAGCAAAACAUCCAGUAAAACAGCGGUUUGGUGGACGUCUUUUACGAUGGUUCGCUGCCGUUUUGUCAACAUUUGCCCCAAAGGUUUGAAUGAAACAAACAUUUGCCAUGAAGCUAUCCCUCACCCGUGACGUUUGACGACAUGCGUGACGGAUGUGCUUUUGUCAUCAGUUUUUGUUCGCCAAAACUACAGGAGGAAAACCUGUGCUUCUAAAUUCUGGUGUUCAUGUCUGCUUAGAAGUAAAUAACCACUUUGUCCCCCGUCUCACACAAUUUAUUUAUUCAUUUGUUUAUUCAGUUAGUUGUUUCUUUUUGCCAUAAUAUAGACAUUUAUUAGCUAUCAGCAGUAGCUAUGAGUGGCUCGGAGACUCAAGAAUCAGAUCGCUCUGAAGAAGAUAUCAGGGCGUACGCACGGGACAUAGGCAUUGAUCCCGAGACUGAGCCAGAGCUUAUGUGUCUUGCCAGGGAAGCUAUAUUUGCCCGUCUUCCCCCAGGAUGGGCUGAGAGCAAAGACGAGAGUGGGAACCCGAUCUUUCACAACCACUAUUUACAGACGACGACUAACGAGCACCCCUGCAAAGUGCAGUACCGCAAAAUGGUGAUCCAGGAACGUGAGCGUAUCCAGCGCUCCGUUGUUGUUGGAAGCUCACUAAGUCAACUGGACAAGAAGGAGAAUGAGGACGCUAAUAAUACACACACAGGACUUUUUUGCAGUGGGUUCUUGAGUGUAAUAGGCAGCAAGUGCGAGGAAACAUCAUCUCAGACACUGCCCAGCUUUGAUGACGAAGAUGAUGGGAGCUCAGAAAAUCAGGACUCUGGAGGCACUGUUAGUGGCGAUCAAGCAGAGAUGUCAAAGUCGGAAAUGCUUGAUAAGACCCCUUCUGGCGACCAGAGUAGUGAUUCACCACUGCAACAGUUGACGUCCGACAUCUCUAUUUCCUGUGACAGUCGGCUGGAGACGGACGAAAAAGAUGGCGAGAAUGAGGCGACUGAUGCUGCUAAGGGCCCAGAUGAAUCGGGGCAUGACUCCUCUGUUGAAGACAACAGUGCAUCAUUGGACCAUGAAUGCAAUAAGUUCGCUGACCCAAGAGCGAAAGAGGACCAAGAGAAAGAAGAACUUAUCAAAACACCUGUAGGUUUGUUUUGCAGUGGAUUCUUAAGUGUUUUGAGCAGUAUGAUGGAUGAAAGUUCUUCAACACCUUCAAGCCGCGAUGAUGAAGACAAUGCCAUCUUUGAAAAGGAGGAUUCAAGAAGCACUGAUGCAGAUCUACUGGAGCAGCCACAAAUGCAGGACAUAUCUGCAGACCACAGUACCGACUCGGAGCAACAGCUAGGGAUAGAUGUCAAAGAAGAAGAUGAAGAGACUGAGGGAGGAAAAAGCCUGGAUGAGUCUCAGUCUAGUUCUGCUGAAAAAGGCCGCCUUAGCCUAGAAACACACGGCCCUGACGACAUUCAGAUGCCUUCAGUGAGUUCUUCAGGAGCUGAAAAAGACAAACAAGUACAGGAGGCUCCCAAAACACUUAUGGACAACAACACGAAGCACACAGCCAAAAUAGCACUGGAGUGGCUUCACGACAACUCAAUGAAUGUCCUAGAGCGGGUCAGCCAGAGAUCAGCCUUGAAUCUGAUUCAACAUCUCUGGCGAGAUCUGAAAAUUGCAGUUUACUGACGCUCCCUUUUCAACCUGAUGGACGUUGAGAGGUGCUGUAAAGAGAAGUGGACGACACUACCAC